CGAAUGACACAACUCUAGUUGAUCUGCGAUUGAAAAAUUAAACAAUGACCAGACUUUAAUCUUCUAAUUAGAAUCAACUGUAAAAAAAAGAACUGUGUAGGUUGUUGCGCAGCCAACCGUUAAUUAUUAUCCCAGGAUUAUAUGAAACCAUAAAAGCUUGCAUAUGAAUUUAGGAUUGUUCAACCGUAUGAAUCUAAAAGAAAGCGGCGAAAAUAAAGGAAUGUACGGAGAAUGGACUUCUUUAAGUUUGGAAGUUCGACAAGGGGAACAAGUGGGUCAGAGUGUUUUGGAAAAGUUCAAUUCGCCAAUCAGCAAGGAAAUCACACUGGGGCUGGUUAAGCCGCUUGCCAAUAACUUGGGACUAACUCAUGCACCAGAGCCAAGCAUUUUGGCAACUGAUCGUGAUGUGCAAUGGAGUAUGGAAGUAUUGUGCUAUGGUUUAUCUCUCCCUUUAAGUGAACAUGAAGCAAUAAAAGACUGUGUUAACGUGUACUGCGAGUGGUUAAUGGCUUUGUUACCGAAUCCUAAGAUCUGCAUUCCGAAACCUAUAGUUGAGGACCCAAAUAUUUAUGCUCGAAAGAUAAUUUCCCACUUGCACUACCUGUUUGUGCCUCGAAAGGGAGAGGACUGGCCAUUUUUGUAUCAGGACAUGGGCACAGAUACUAUCCACAGACAAGCUGUGCUGUGUCACCGCGUGUUGCGUACUCUGCAACAAAUAGCCCACGAAUCAAAGCUUCUUGACAAAGACACUUGGGAAUCUCUGUUGUUGUUCCUCUUAGCCAUUAACGAUACCUUACUAUCCCCUCCCACUAUUAAGGACGACGUUGCGGACCAUUUAUGCGAAAGAGUUUUAAGCGUUUUAUUCGAGAUUUGGCUCCUCGCUUGCGCGCAGUGUUUCCCCUCCCCGCCGUUAUGGAAGACGCUGCGCGAGUGCUGCAUGAACUGGCGACAUAGAGUCGCUUUGGUCGAGCAAUGGAAUCGAAUAAACUUGACUCUAACCUCGAAGGUUUUGAUUUUUAUGUAUGGACCGUCCUAUCCGGAACUAAAAAUAGGAGAAGAAGACCUCAUACCGAAAGGCAUGACAAACGACUGCGUCGCUCAAAGCUGGUACAGGUUUCUUAAUACAAUCGGCAAUCCUGUCAGCCUGACGCGACCUGAAGUCAUCAGUCAGACUCAAAAAUUUCUCCAGUUCGCUAUUUGCACCGAGGGGGUUGUCGACCCGUGUCAACACCCUUGUCUUCAGUCUUUGCCAGUCAUAUUUCUAAAAGCGGUGAAGGGCAUCGCGGGACAAGUAGACGCCUUCCUCGGGAUAGCCCAGCCUAUAUGGUGGGACAGUCUGGUGAUGGGUAGCAGCACCGAUAAGUUUAAAGAGUCACCGCCGUCUGUUGUUUCUCACUCACCAACACCGCCUUCCCAACGUCGGUUAGCUAAAAGUUUCAGUGUAGCACCGUCUUCUGCUUCUAAGGGUAUCCCCAGGUCGUCUUUAAUAGCCCUAACGACGAGUAGGACAUCAGCGGUACCCUCGACUGCCACUCCAAACUCCGGUCCAUCAUCGACAACCAGCGUAUCAUCCGUCGUUUCAGCGCUCACUUCGUUCGGGUACGAACCGAGGACGCCUCUGGCACCUAAUCGACCCAAAUGCAACACUGUACUGCAUCUAUUCGGCGAGUGGCUUUUCGAUGCUGCUUUCAUAGGGUGCGAGUUUCUCAGCGGUAAAGCGCCCAUUAGUCUCAAACGACCAAACUCGGUAACUGUCGACAAUAAAACGUCCUUGGGUUAUUCGCAGCCCGGAUCGUUGACUGAGGCGGAUAUUCCAUCGACCCUCACGAUUGACAAGUUCGUUAACGGGCGGGCUGAAGCCCUCGGGGCCCUAUGUCGUAUAUUUUGCGCCAAGAAAACCGGAGAGGAAAUAUUGCCCGCGUACCUUGCCCGGUUCUAUUUGGCCCUCUCGCAAGGCUUGAAAAACGCGUCCAAGAAAGAAUGCGACGAGUGCACCAUAGCGAUACUGAUGAAUUCGCCGAACCUGUUCAGCUUGGACCUGGACGGCGUACAUAUAUUGUUGCCGGACAUCAUAGCUGCCCUGGAAGUGGUCCUGCCGGACAAAGACCUCAAACUCGGCGCUAACGUCAACAAAGUAGAGCUCCGCAGAGCUGCUAUCCAUCUACUGCUCUCCACUUUGGUGCUUCCCCUUCAUUUUCACAAUGUACCGAUCAAGGAACUAAUCGGAGGAGGGGCCAUGCCUGCAGAAAAACCGCUCACUUUAGGGUCGCUUAAACCUAAACUGAUGAAUCUCCUCAUGAACGCGUUGCAAGUCGAGUAUGAUCCACAGAACACCCACAUGCUGCUGGGCGGCCUGUUCUUGAGCGUGCAAGACGCGACGUUGUACGAAAGGGUGGAGCCUAUUCCGCAACCCACCACUUCCACAUCUAAUUUGUUGAGUUCCGCUUUUGACACGGCAAGCAUGGCUAGCAGUAACGACCGUUCCACCGCUUCAGAUCAGCAGCAGCAAGGCAAAGCGGAUGUCGAGGCACUUUCCCUUCUAGACUCUGCGCACGCGCUUUUUGUCCGGGCCACGUACUUGGUGUGCCAUCGGCUUAUCUCGACUUGGAAAACCGACUUGAACGUCUCUUUGGCCGCAUUGGAGCUUUUGUCGGGAUUGGCCAGAAUUCAUAUAAAAGAUUCAGCUGGAAACCCGAAAGGAGUUAUGGAGUGCAAGAGAGCGGUCAAGUGGCUCUGCGAUUACAUCGUCUAUCAAUGUUCUCGCCCGCCCCCCGCUCAUUCCAAAGACCUUCAUUCGACAAUAGUGGCCGCAUUUAGGUGCUGUUCCGUUUGGCUCUGCGAGCAUCCUUAUCUUCUGCGCGACAAGGAUUGUCUCGCGACAGUUUUGGAGGUGGCGGAGCUGGGCGUGUCGGGCAGUAAAUCGUUGGGAAAACCCGGCGAAUCCGCCAAAAUGAAAGAGGACAAGGAACUGAAGCCGGUAUCGAUGAGGGUGCGUGACGCGGCCGAGAACCUGUUGACAUGCGUGUUUGAACGCGUCGCGAGCUUCCCGGAUCCGUGCGGUCCAGAAUCGACGUCGUCCCUCCUCAACGAAGUUACAUUGCUGAAAUACUGCAACUCUUACACGGCCGAUUGCGACGAAUUGUUAAACGCCGUUCAAAAGUUUCGCUAUUUCGUCACCGAUGGGUCAGUCAUGCUCGGACUCCUGGAAGAGCCUUUGGGCAACGACCAGGAUCCACAACCGACAGUCACGGUACUCAUAAGGAACCCGUUCGGUAGGCACGCUUGGACCAUGCAACUGCGCCAUCUGCCGCGACACAAGUCCGGUAUGACUACUCGGCCUUCGAACGCUUGCAGACCGGUCGCCAUGGAAGACGUCCCGGUGCGUCCUCAAACGAGACAAAAGUUUUUCCCGGACGGUAUUAAACGGGUCCAAAAGUGUCAGAUCGACCUAUCGAUACCGUCGGUCGAAUCCCUAAUGGAGACUGAUGAAGGGUUGAAACGUCGGUGCGACAUGCUCGCGAAACUCAUUCGGCAGCAGUCCGCGGUCGAGUCUAAUCUCUACAAGGUCCAGGCCGAGGCGCAUGCGCCGGAAGAGUGCGUUCCGCCGCCCGUAUGCCAUGACUUUCAGACGUCGCGCAUAUUUCUACAGAACUUCGGACUGCUGCGUCUCGAUGACAAAGAGAAUAGUCCCGCUUUGGCGAUCCUGGACAGCACCCGGGUCGAUUUUUGCAAAGAUCUCGACGAGUUGGACCACAUGAGUUCGCGGACCUGCGACACCGUUCAUUUGUUUUAUGUCAGGUCGCAGCAGGCGCGCGCGCAAGACAUUCUAGAUAACAUGUCACAGACAGACCGGGUCUCGGCGGUUUUCUUCGAGUUCGUCAAUACGCUGGGUUGGCCUGUCGAGGUCCAGAAGCAUCCGGGCUGGACGGGACAUGUCUCGACCAGUUGGAACAUCCCGACGCAUUCACAGGACAAAAUCGGGUCGGUUCCACCAGGCGCAAUAUCCUAUGACGGGACCACUCACGUGUUGUACUGGGCGGAUCCGUGUUCCGAGAUUGCGUUCGUUAUCCCCUCCAAGCUGAAGAGAUUCGAAUCGGAACAAUCCAAGUUCAACAUGAGCAGUUUAUCAUCAUUGAGCGAGAGCAGUCUGUCAGGCGAGAAACAAUCCCAGAGCAUCGACUUGGACAAACCUGUACCACCGAAAAGGACUAAUAAAUCGAGUAUCCACCCCCACACCAACAUGAAAAUAAUGGUCGUCUGGCUCGAGAGUUUUGAGGACGGCCUAAACUUUCCGGUGGAGCAGUUACUGGAAACGACCAACACUGGACUCGAAAAAGAUCAAGUCACCAAAUCGGACGACGUCCUGCUGAUUUUCUUGCACUACUUAUCGACGGGGUUGUUCAGAGUGCAUCUCCGAGGCCCCUCGGGUCGAGUAGGAGUUGCUUCGCCACUAGUGGAUGGAAUGGUGGCUAGCAGGAGAGCUAUCGGCGCUUUGGUACGGUACACCGCACUGAAUAUGGCUCGGAGGAAGAGGUUGGAUUCUGAGAGCUAUCAGCCUCCUCACGUCCGUAGACGUCUGAAAAUCCAAGAAAUGGUGCAGAAAUACAAACGGGAAAUGAGCAAGCCUGAACUGUUAACAUUCCUAUUCAAUUCUGUUUAACGCAGGAACUUUUUGUAUUUAUUAAUUUGUUACAAAAAAAAAUCUUUUUACAAAGA